CCCACAAAGCCCACGUACGGUGUUUGAACGUUAUCAAGAGGUCCAACGAGGGUUGAUACCGGAGGUUCGGAAGGAUGUCGUCGGAGCAAGAAAGGCGCGAGCUUGACGAGAAGGCGAGGCGCGGGGAGACCGUCGUACCAGGCGGAACCGGCGGGAAGAGCCUGGAUUCACAGGAACGCCUCGCUGAAGGACGGAGCCGUGGAGGGCAGACGAGGAGGGAGCAAAUGGGGACGGAAGGGAAUCAUGAGCUUGACGAGAAGGCGAGGCGCGGGGAGACCGUCGUCCCCGGCGGAACCGGCGGGAAGAGCCUGGAUGCACAGGAACGCCUCGCUGAAGGACGGAGCCGUGGAGGGCAGACGAGGAAGGAGCAAAUGGGGACGGAAGGGUAUCAUGAGAUGGGGCGCAAAGGCGGGCUGAGUACCACGGAAGAGUCGGGAGGGGAGCGUGCGCAGAGGGAAGGCAUCGAAAUCGACGAGUCCAAGUUCAGGAAGCACGAUGACUAAUAUCUUCCGCUGAUGGAAGCUUACCAUAAAUGUGUUAGAUACAGGUAGGAAAUAGUGUAUGCGUAGUGUGCUGUAGGAUGGUGUCCGUGUCAUAGUGUCCUUGGUGUCGAGUCUUGUGCUUGUGUUGGUACACCCAUGGAGGUAUGGUUUUGGGCGGCGAAGGGGAGGCAGUCUGUGGAUACGCAACUUUGUGUUGUAGAUCUUGCUAUCGAGUUUUAAAGCACUAGCAUGUCCGUCUCACGUCUCAAAACGUUCUCUGUGAACGAGAAGAGAUCGAUCAAUGAAGCGCCAGUAACUUCUGUCCCAUGCACUCUUUAACAUAAGAGAACACACAGCCGAUUUGAUCUGACCUCAAUAGUGUCAAUAGUAAUUCCAUCCGACGACCGACGAGGGCCGUCCAUGCAAGCAGUAUUUAUGUCCUGGCUGAAGCCUCAAAACCCCGAAACCAAAUCCAUAGUUCAUCAACAAAU